AUGGCGGAUGAAGCAUCUAACCAGCGCCGCAAGCGAUGCCUUGCUGAUGAGAGCGCCGACCAGUCGCCUACUUCAUGGAGUGAGGGAGUGCGUACAAGGAACAGGCCGAAGAGGGACCAAAGAAUGAGCCCGAAGAAGGUAGCAGAAAUCGUUGAAACCCUGGUGAAAGCAUUAAACAAAAGGAAAAGGCAGACGCUAAACAAAGUUGGGAGUUCGAGGUCUCCGGAAUGGUACAAGGCUAUGGCGAAAGAGUUGAAUGCUAAGCCUUCCGACCCAGUCGCUACGGAUAAGAGCGAUAUUGAGCAAGAGCUUCGGUCAGGAUCCUCCAUUCUGGUCCUGGAGAGCACACCGAGCAGGCGGAGUCAUUGCCGGGCCCUGCUGUGUCUUCGACAUAAGCUGACUGGCAUUAUUAAUAUCGAGUCCGACUAUCGUUUCAACCUCAAGGACUUGACAGGGAGACGGGCUGGCGAUUUAUCUCACCACCUACGGACCGCUGGUCUCAAGGAUGACUCGCUUCCACCCGAUGGUUGA